UUUGGUUUCUCCCUUGGAAAAUUAUGUAAAUCUCAAACCGGAUAUACGGGUCAAAGAAUUGAGAACCGAAAGGGAAGUAAUAAAUAAUAUCUUUCCAGACCGUCAACUCAAAUCUCGAUCGACCUCCUCAUGUUCGUCGGAUAAUCCUUAGCGACUCCAAGGCAUGUCGGCGUCUGAGCAGCCAUUUCAAACCUAUGGCUUCCAGACUUCCAUUGAUAUCGCCCACAGGAAAACUUAUACUGUAGCCCCUCUGGCUGGACACAAGCGACCCCCAGACAAUUCUCUUCUUGAUACCCGCCAGGCCCCAGGGAGUAUAAAGGGUCAUCAUCCUACUGACUUCGUUCGAGCGUCGGCUGCUAUUACCAAGCCUCAUUUAGUUGCUAGCCAGAUUCGCACGGUUGCGGGUGACUCGCACACACUGCAUGGAAACGGACAUGGACGUUUGACAUUGCAAGCCCCCGAGCAUGACACUGCAAAGCCGACAACUGCUGCUCUGAAAACAGAAUCUGGCCCUUUAUCUACACCCAAACCUGACCAAGAAGGCUUUUUGUCUCUCAAGGACCCUCGAUAUGGAUUGCCUACGACCCUGGUAGCCAAUUUCGCGUCCCUAGGAGUCAAAACCAUCUAUCCCUGGCAGGCAUCAUGCUUGCUUGUCCGGGGUCUUCUUACUGGUGAACGAAAUCUUGUCUACACGGCUCCUACCGGAGGGGGGAAAUCCCUCGUAGCGGAUGUCUUGAUGUUGAAACGGGUUAUUGAGAAUCCUUCGCGCAAGGCAAUUUUGGUCUUGCCUUACGUUGCCUUGGUCCAAGAGAAGCUCAAAUGGCUCAGACGCAUCGUGCGAGAUGUUGAAAAGGCCAUUCCUGAAGAUGACACUGAUAAUGUAGACAACGCCAAUCCUUCCCGCCAGCGCUGGAGGAAGAUGGAGAAGUCGAUUCGUAUCACUGGAUUCUUUGGCGGAAGUCGAACUACCGCUACCUGGGCCGACACGGAUAUCGCCGUUUGCACCAUUGAGAAGGCAAACUCAUUGAUAAAUGCCGCCAUAGAGGAAUGUAGUAUUGGCGACUUGGCAGCCGUUGUUCUGGAUGAGUUGCAUAUGCUGGAUGAUGAACACCGCGGGUAUCUGAUGGAGCUCAUGGUAACAAAGCUGUUGCUGCUCAAGCAAGAUAUCCAGAUCGUUGGCAUGAGUGCCACUCUUUCAAAUACUGAACUGCUGGCGGAAUGGAUCGAUGCGCAGUAUUUUAUUUCCACUUAUCGACCAGUCCCUAUAGAUGACUACCUCGUUUAUGAGAAUUCAAUAUACCUGGCUGCAACAGCCAGGCAGUUAUUUCAGACUGCUUCUAAACUGACUUCAAAGUCUCCUGAUUCCAUAACCCCACAUCGAACAAUAGAAGUUUCAACUUUCAGACAGCUUUCCAAUCCAAUGACGAACGCGACGGUGGCCUUGGCAGUCGAUACAGCUGUAACAGGAUACGGGGCUUUAGUCUUUUGUGGCAGCCGCCAGGGUUGCCAGACAAAUGCUGUUAUAAUAAGCGAGGCAAUGCCAAUGGAGAUCGCUGCCGAUGAAGAUGAUCUGAGCAAGAGGCUGGACCUGCUUGCUGAAUUACGCAGUCUACCUUGUGGUCUUGAUCCUGUCCUGGAGAAGACGAUAGUCAAAGGUGUUGGCUUUCAUCAUGCCGGGAUGACUGCCGAAGAGCGAGAGUUGAUAGCACAAUCUUAUGACCAAGGGACUCUAAGGGUACUCCUUGCAACGUGCAGUCUGGCCGCGGGUGUCAACCUCCCCGCAAGGAGGGUUAUAAUCAACGGUGCCCGUAUGGGUCGCGAGCUUGUUGGUCCAGCGAUGCUGCGGCAGAUGUGUGGGCGAGCAGGCCGCAAGGGAAAGGAUGAUGUUGGAGAGACGUAUCUUAUAUGCGGGAAUACCGACUUACAGGCUGUCUGCGAUUUGCUAGAAGCCGAUAUGCCCGCUAUUGCAAGCUGUUUGGCUCCUGAAAAGCGAGGCCUCAAGAGGGCGCUUUUGGAAGCCAUAGCAACCGGUCUGGCUUCUGGGGCUGAUGCUAUCAAGGAAUACGUCAAAUGCACCCUUCUCCACAGAACAUUGGACAAGAAGAUAACUUACAACAUCAUGAACUCGGCUCUCCAGGAAUUGCUUAACGAGGGUCUUUUGCACUUAAGAGAUAAUGAGUCGUACGAGGCCACGCGACUUGGACAAGCUAUUGUCGCUUCGGCCUUUUCGCCAGAGGACGGUCUUUUCGUUUACGAGGAGCUGAGACGAGCACUGAAGGCUUUUGUGAUGGACGGGGACAUGCAUAUUUUCUACAUGUUCACUCCUCUACAGGUAGCGGUCAACAUGCAGAUAGAUUGGCCUAUCUUUCGCGGUCAAUUGGAUAAUCUAGAUGAGAGCGGGAUCCGCGCUCUUCAGUUUGUCGGUGUUCAGCCGGGUCUCGUCAACUCAAUGGUCCAGAGCGGUGCUUCGCUCAAGGAGACAACUCCAGCGGAGAUUAAGCAAGCGACAAUCUACCGCCGUGCCUACACAGCGUUCCAGCUCCGCGACUUGAGUAAUGAGGUUCCGCUAUCGACAAUUGCCCGUCGCUAUCGUAUCCAACGGGGAAGUAUACAGACACUCGCCCAACAAUGCCAUGGUUUUGCGGCAGGUAUAGUAAAAUUCUGUCAGCGCAUGGACUGGGGCAUGCUCGCGGCGGUCCUAGACCAUAUGCGAGAUCGGCUGGAGGCUGGUGCUCGUGCCGAUCUGUUGGAGAUGGCGCAAGUGACCUUCGUAAAAAGCUGGACCGCGAGGUUGCUCCGAGAUAACGGCUUCCGGAACUUGAGAGCGCUGGCAGCCGCAGAGCCAAAGGAUCUUGUUCCGGUAUUGAUGAUGGCCAAUCCUUAUAAGGCCCGGCAGAGCCAGCUACAUUCCCAGGAAGCCGAACGGUACGCUGCCAAGCUGCUCAAGAAGGCUGAGGUCAUUGUUGCAUCUGCAAAUAAAAUCUGGGAACGUGAAACACAGGUCGAAUUGGAAGAAUGAAUAGUCCCAGUCGAAAUAUACAGGAUUGUUUGUCCAUUCACUUGGAGGCCGAUAUUGGAUUCUUUUUAGAUCGUGGAGGUAUCUAUAUAUUUAUGGUUGGCAUUUUGUAAGCAUAUCAUUUGGGUCAUAUUGGACGCAAGCAUUUUAGGCAAGUCAAGUAAUAAAGUGACAUA